AUGGGGAUGUUAUCCAAAGUCGAGGAUCGUCCCACCCCUUCUCAAGUCUAUAAUUGGCGUGUUUAUGCAUGUUCUAUUGUCGCCGGUUUUGCGGCUGUCAUGAUAGGUUAUGAUAGCGCAUUUAUUGGAACAACCAUCGCCCUCCCAUCUUUCAAAGAGGAGUUCAAUUUCGCCGCAUUGUCUACCACGAAGCUAAAUCUCGUGAGCGCCAAUAUCGUAUCAUGUUAUCAAGCUGGAGCAUUCUUCGGCUCUCUCUUUGCGUAUAUUGCGGCGUAUUUCCUUGGAAGAGUAAGAGGUAUGGCCGUAUUUAGUGCUGUGUUUACAAUUGGAGCGGCAAUGAUGCUUGGUGCAAAUGGAGAUCGUGGCCUGGGUCUCAUAUACGGCGGACGAGUUCUUGCUGGGUUGGGCGUAGGAGGUUGUUCGAGUUUGGCUCCUAUUUAUAUAUCCGAGAUAUCUCCACCAGCAAUUCGUGGCCGACUGGUUUGCAUGUUUGAAUUGGGAUGGCAGAUUGGUGGACUGGUUGGAUUCUGGAUCAAUUACGGAAUCUCUGAAACUCUUCCGUCUAACCACGAGCAAUGGAUCAUUCCAUUUGCAAUUCAGCUCAUUCCUUCCGGACUGUUAUUACUCGGAUCGUUUUGGCUUCACGAAACCCCUCGCUGGUUAAUGAGCAAAGGAAAACGGGACAAAGCUAUCAAGAAUCUAUGCUGGAUUCGAAACCUCGCUGAAGAUGAUAUCUACAUCAAGGAAGAGAUCUACGCAAUCGACCAAAAUAUUGAACAACAAAUGGCAGGUGGUGGUCUUGGAUUCUGGCAACCAUUCAAACUCCUCGCGAGAAGCCGAAAGAUCCAAUGGAGAUUUUUUCUUGGAGGUGCAUUAUUCUUUUGGCAAAACGCUUCUGGUAUCAAUGCCGUCAACUAUUAUUCUCCAACUAUCUUCAAGAGUAUUGGGAUUAUCGGUACCAACACAUCACUCUUCUCGACCGGUCUAUUCGGUGUUGUCAAAACUGUUGGAACUAUCAUUUACUUGCUGUUCCUAAUUGAUCAAUUGGGGCGCAGGAAGCUAUUGAUGAUCGGAUCCAUUGGCGGAGCGUUGUGCAUGUACUACGUCGCUGGUUACAUUGCAAUUGCAAAACCUGCGGAUCAUCCAACAAGUUCCCUACCCCCUUCUGGUGUAUCUGCCGUUUUCUUUUUCUACUUGUGGACUGCAUUUUACACCCCAACCUGGAACCCAACACCCUGGGUAAUAAACGCCGAGAUCUUCGACCAAAGUGUCCGAACGCUAGCUCAAGCACAUGCCGCUGCCCAUAAUUGGCUGUGGAAUUUUCUCAUCUCGAGAUUCACACCGCAAAUGUUCUCUUCAAUGGGAUAUGGAGUCUACUUGUUCUUCGCAUCAUUGAUGAUUUGGGGUGCGGCUUUCGUUUUCUUCUUGAUUCCAGAAACGAAGAACGUUCCUCUGGAGGCGGUUGAUAGACUCUUUCAGCGCGGUUUGCCGGCUAGGAGAGCGCAUGCAGUUGUGUGGGCGGAAUUGGAGCAGGAGGAAGAGGCAUUGAGAGCGGGAAUCACGGCGGGAUUGGAAAAAGAAAGGACGACGGCACAUGUUGAGACUGUUUAA